CUCUCUCUCUCUCUCUGCAAUUCUCAUUGUUGAAUUACCAUUUCGUCUUUUCUUAUUUCUAAACUGUGUCUCUUAUUCUAUAAAGAAUCAGGUUCUUGUUUUCCUUCUUCUUCUGUUUCUUCAUCAUAGGCUCGUUCUUCCUUUUCUUGGGAGCAGCGCCGUCUUGUUAAGGAUGGCAAUGGUGGAGCCUCUCAACCCUGAAAAUGGAGGGAAUAAAAGUGCAGAAAAAUCCUGCCAGAAGCCAUCCUUGGGGGCCAGGAGGAGAUUCUCAGACAUUACCAACCUUUCCAGAGUGAAAACCGAAGUGAAAAAUGAAAAUGCAAAGCCAAUACUCAUGUUCAAUACAGAUAUGAUGGAGCAGGUUCACAAGGAGAAUGCUGCUCUUCUGGGUCUUCUUGCACAGAGAGAUGAAACAAUUAAAUUGUGCAGGCUCGAGCUUCAGAAAGUGAGAAGUGAGUUGUUGAAGACAAACUGGCACCUUGCUCAAGUCAAUAGCCAGACCUUGGCGGAACUGAACAUAACAAAAGAGAAGAUGAAAUUGCUGCAGCAUGAACAUGGUAUUGUCACUGGAAUGCUGAAAGCUAAGAAUGCAGAACUCGAGAACAAAGUCAAAACUUUAUCUCAAGAGCUCCACACACUUCGCAAAAUCAACAAGGAUGAGCACACUCAAUGCGGGGAAUUAAUAAUUAAUAAAGGGAAAAGUUGAAGGAGCUGACCUAAACACUCAGAAAAAGACCCUCUCAAGAAAAUCUGAAAUAUGCCCUUGCACCUCUACCCAAAUUGCAAAAAAAGGAGUCACACAAAACAAGAGGGCAUCUUUGAAGAGGCGAUCCAGUAAUUUUAAAUUCAAAAUACCUGAUGAUUCAGAAGACUUAUUUGAGAUCGAGGAUGUCAACUUUCCACUUCCUUCACAACGCCAUGAUCCAAUGGAAGUGGACCAAUCCAAUGACUCAUCCAAUCAUAAAGGGACAGCUCCUGAUGGCACAGUAGCUAAAGAACAGCCCAUUGAAGGGAACACUGAUCAGAAAGGAGAGAUGAGAUCUAGAAAAUCGGGUUUGACAACUGAUCAAUUUCCAAGGAGGUCCUCACUUGGAAGGCCAGUUCGUUUAGUUGCAGAAAAGGUAACAUCAUACAAGGAAAUGGCAAUUAACGUCAAGAUGCGAAGAUAGAGUGAUUACAGCUCAAUGUGCAGAUUAUAGGCAGAAAGCUUUGAAUUUGUCAAUCUUAGAUAUAAUCUUUUCUGUGGCCUUAACCAGCAGUUGGGGUAGUUUGGCCAUAAAACUGAGGGACAUGGAAAGAUUGCUCUAAAAUUGAACAUCAAAAUGCUCUAAAAUGCUGUUCAUUAUGUACAAUGAUUCUAGAUUGUGACUGAGAGCUCUUCUAGUUGAAUGCAACCACUGGCCUUGAAUUUUCUUUCUUGGAUAUUGUCUUUCUUGCAGAAUUGUAGGCAAUUGGCUACUUAGGGCACAAAAAAUCAGGGAACUUGUAGAGAUCUCCAGUUUCUUUUAUCUUUUGGGAUUUUUUUUAAUAUGGAUACAGCUUCAUGUACUGAGUAUGUGCUCUAAUGACUCUAGAGUGUAACUGAGGUUCUUUUAGUAAGAUGUAAUUACAGUUCUUGAAUUUUGGUUCUUGAUUA